AUGCUUAUCUUCGGCUUUCGACUAAUCCGCGUCGCACUUUUCGCUGUUGGUUUCGUUGUCGGAGGCGUCACCACCGCGAUGAUCGCCGAACGCUUGUUCAGUGACGAAUCGUGGCUAGUUUUGGCGUCUUGGAUCGCUUUCGGAGUCGGAGGCAUUCUGUGCGGCGCUGCAGUCAUUUGGUUGUAUCCGGUCAGUACUUUCAUUGCUGGGGCAGCGACGGGGGUCAUGGCGGGGAUGAUAAUCACGAGUUCGGUCGGAUACCUCAUCUACCCGGGGCACACGAAAGAUCUACUUACGCUCAUGUGCGUGGUACUUGGAUUCUUCUUCGGGGUGUUGGCGCUGAAGUUCGGAAAGCCCGUGUUGAUCAUUUCGACCAGUCUCUUUGGCUCCGGGUUGGUGGCGUGGGGCGUUGGGUACUUCGGCGAGGACUUCCCCAACGCCAACGAUCUGGAGCAAUACGCGUCAAUAGGCGUCAACGGCGAGACAGUGUACUCGAUUCCUUCAGCGUGGUGGGGAUACCUCGCUGGAAUCAUCGUGUUGUUCGUGUUCGGUAUGUUUAUUCAGUUCCGCAAGACUGCGCGCAACGUUAAGGACAACAGACCAAAGGGCAGACGUGUCGACGUCACCGAGUACGUCGAAAAGACGACGGCGCGUAACCAAGGCGAAGAUAACGUGGAUAUGGAGGCUCCUCCUCCCCGCCAGGUGCAAGAAGUUCGAGAACGACCUCGACAAGUUGUCAAGACUCCCUCUCGUCAGGAAUACGCGGACUUGAACGCUACGGAUGUAACCAUUGAGUAUGACGAGCGUAUUCCUCGCCAGAAGCGCAUUUAUUAUUCGGAGCACGAGUCCGAUCCGUACGACUUCGAACCCACCCGUGAACCGUGUGUCGUCGGUGGAGACCACGCCCACAAAGACAGCUCGAUCUGCUCGGAGAAGGUCGUUCACAUCGAAAGGCAUUAUAUUUAA